AGGUGACAGGCUCAAGGCAUGCUGGGAAUCGCCUAUGGUCCCUCUUAGUUCCUGGAGGGUCCUCUAUUUUUCUCUCUUUUGUUACUCCCGGAGCUUUGAUUUGCUCGGCUGACAGAGAGGAAGCCUACCCCCCUCCCCAGGGCUGCCACCCCCUGAAGGACCCCCGUGUUGCCCCGCAGAGAGCCCGCAGCCAGAGGAAUGGCCCCCGGGACCCCAAGGUCCCUCUCCCAGGGGUUAAUGAACUUUAAGGAUGUGGCUGUGGAUUUCUCCCAGGAGGAGUGGUGCCUGUUGGACCAUUCUCAGAAAGAGCUGUACCUGGAGGUCAUGUUGGAGAAUGUUCAGAAUCUACUCUCCGUGGGGCUUCUAGUUCCUAGAGAAGAUAUUGUCUCCUGUUUUCAGCAAGGGGAAGCACCAUGGCUGUUAGAGCAAAGAGGCCCAAGGAGCUCCUGUCCAGAGACAGAAACUAAUUUUGAAGUGAAGAAGAUAUCUUCCAAGCUGAGCCAUUUUGUGGAAGGAUCUGGCCUCCAAAGAUGCAUGAAUCAGGGUCUGUCUGACUUCAUUUUGAGAGAAACCUGUGACUCUAUUAUCAAAGGAAAUAAAAAUCCGAAGAGUUACUGUGAAUUUGAUAAAACUGCAGAGAAAUUCAGCCAAUAUUCAGUCCUAAAUCAGUAUACCAAAUUGACUUCAGGAAAUGACUGUUGUCAGGUUAGUAAAUACAGCAAAGGCUUUCUUGAAGAAAUAGGACUUGUUCAGUCACCAGAGAAAACUCCUGAAAUUCUCAUGUAUCUAGGUAACCUUGGGGGAAUGGCUUUUGGCUCUAGUUCAGACCUCAUUAGACAUCCAAAAAGUAAGCAUGUAGAGAUGGUUUUUGUGAAUAAUAAAGAUGGAAGACCUUUCAGUCAGAAGUCUGAGCUUGGUUCACAUCAAAUAAAACACUGUGGAGAGAAUCGUUGGGUAUGUAAAUACUGUGGAACGACUUUCUCGAGGAGGCGCAAUCUUGCUGCACAUCAGAGAACCCAUAUUGGAGAGAGACCUUUUGAAUGUAAACAAUGUGGAAAGACUUUUAUACGGAGGGACUCUUUUGCUACACAUCAGAGAAUCCACAGUGGAGAGAAACGUUAUAAAUGUAAACACUGUGAAGAGACUUUCACACAGAGCAGCAGUUUUGUAGCACAUCAGAGAAUCCACACUGGAGAGAAACCUCAUGAAUGUAAACACUGUGGAAAGGUUUUCACUUGGAAUGGCCAUCUUGCUGCACAUCAGAGAAUCCACAGUGGUGAGGAAGCUCAUGAAUGUAAACAUUGUGGAAAGAUUUUCACAAAGAGGGGAAAUCUUGCUGUACAUGAGAGAUUCCACACUGGAGAGAAACCUUUUGAAUGUAAACAAUGUGGAAAGACUUUUAUACAGAGGGCCUCUCUUGGUACACAUCAGAGAAUCCACACCGCAGAGAAACCUUAUGAAUGUAAACACUGUGGAAAGGCUUUCACAUGGAAGAAAGAUAUUGUUGCACAUCAGAGAAUCCAUAGUAGAGAGAAACCUUAUGAAUGCAAACUCUGUGGAAAGACUUUCACACAGAAGGACCAUCUUGCUGAACAUCAGGGAAUCCACACUGGAGAGAAACGUUAUGAAUGUAAACACUGUGGAAAGGCUUUUACAUUUAGGAGCAUUCUUGCUGCACAUCAGAGAAUCCACACUGGAGAGAAACCUUAUGAAUGUAAACACUGUGGUAAGGAUUUCAUAUGGCAGAAUGCCUUUGUUUUACAUCAGAGAAUCCACACUGGAGAGAAACCUUAUGAAUGUAAACACUGUGGAGAGGCUUUUACAUUUAGGAGCAUUUUUGCUGCACAUCAGAGAAUCCACACUGGAGAGAAACCUUUUGAAUGUAAACAAUGUGGUAAGGAUUUCAUAUGUCACAGUGCUCUUGUUAUACAUCAGAGAAUCCACACUGGAGAGAAACCUUUUGAAUGUAAACAAUGUGGAAAGGCUUUCAGCAGUAGAUCCAGUCUUUCUCGCCAUCAGAGAAAACACACUGGAGAGAAACCUUUUGAAUGUAAACAAUGUGGAAAGGCUUUCACGAGUAGUUCCAGUCUUUCUCGCCAUCAGAGAAAACACACUGGAGAGAAACCUUUUGAAUGUAAACAAUGUGGAAAGACUUUCACACAGAAGGGCUCUCUUGCUAGACACCAGAGAAUCCACACUGGAGAGAAACCUUAUGAAUGUAAACAAUGUGGAAAGGCUUUCACUUUCAGUCACAUUCUUGCUAGACACCAGAUAAUCCAUACUGGAGAGAAACCUUUUGAAUGUAAACAAUGUGGAAAGGCUUUCACACGCAGGGGCUCUCUUGCUGUACAUCAAAGGAACCACACAAGAUAAACCUCAUGCUUAUAAGUAGUGUGAAAAGGCUUUCACAGAGAGGAUUUAUCUAGCUAAAUAUCAAAGUAUCCACACUAGUGAGAAACUAUGAAUGUAAUCAGUUCGAAUUCCCUUUCUGAAGAAACUUCACAGUUGCUUCAUAUCAUAAAAUCUUCAUGGAGGGAAACCUAGUGAAUGAAGAGCCUGAGCUUAUAGUUGCCAUUUUUAAAUUCUCUAACAAAAGAGGAUCCAUACUAGAGAGAAACUUUGAGAAUAUGAUCAAUGUGGUAAAUUCAGUCAACACUCAUCUCUUAUUAUUUCUAACAUAGAAUUCCUUUUGAAUGGAAAUCUUAUUACUGUCAUGAAUGAAGAAAGACAUUGAAAUGAAUUGUCCAGAGCUUGUUCUAAUGAGGAAAUAUCUUCUGAACUGACUAGUUCCAGAUGGAUUCCCUAUAGGAGGGCCUUUAGCCAGAGAUCAUCUCUUGCUUCAUAUCAGUGCACUUAUAAUGGAGAAAUACCUCAUGAAUGUGCUUAAGUUGUAUGUGUUUUCCUCAGGAACAUGGUAGUCACUGUUAUUUAGAGAAAUGCAAAUUAUACUAAUUUUGAGGGCACACCCCGAAUCUAUUAGAUUGACUCUUAUGACAGAAAAAGAAAGUGACAAGAAUUUGAGAUUUUGGAAAUUUGAGAUAAUAAUGAACUAUUUGGGGAAUUGUAACCAGAUUCAGCCAAGGGCAUUUUGGAACUAUGUCCAAAGGGCAUUGAAAAACAAAAAGGAAAAGGACCCAUAAAUAUUAAAGAAGGAGAAAAAAGUUAAAGCUGCUCUUUUGGGGAUGAUAAAAGUAUUGGAAAGUAAGGAAACUCAUUAAUAAAAAAUAGCUGAGUAAAUUGCUGCAUGUGAUUUGUAAGGAUGAUAUUAGAAAAUAAGUAUUGUUUUAUUAGUUUAGAGAUAAGAAGUAAAGUGGCUGGCUUGAGAAAAGAAUUGGAGUUUGAAGAAGAGCUGAGAGCAUCUUAAUUUCAACUGCUGACAGUUAUAACCAUUUUGUCUAUGACAAUUACUCUCUGUGGCAGUUGGGAGUUGUCCUCUGGCAGUUGGCAGAGAUACUAUCAGAGACACAAGGCUGGAGGAGGUAACAUCUUUGCCUCUCUGUCUGAGGGAAAGAUCUGAAGGAGUUCGGUGUUUUCCUUUCCCAACCAUGGGACACACUAUUGAAUAUCUAUUGUGUUUUUUGUAAAUUGUUUAACUCUGAGAAUACCAAAGGAAAACCUGGUGUUCGGUUUGGACUCUGAGUCUUGAUUCUUGUUGAGACUCAACCAGCUAGUUUUUGCGAUUUCAUAAUUUGAAGGUGAAGUAAAGAUUUAUAAGGAUAACAGUGGUAGUAUUUAUUUAGAUAGCAUAAAUUUAGGUUAGUCAGAUCAGGAAGGAUUAGUGUAGCCUGUGAAACACAGGAAAAGUGGUUACUUGCGGAACCUGGGAGUUUUAUUUGGGUGAAUUUAGAAUCCCUUAGAAUUAGAAAUCCUUUAUUUAUCCUUGUAUAUUUCAAUAAACAUUUUGUUUUUA